AUGGCCGAGGACUCGCCCAAACGGCGCAAAGCGAAUUUCAACGAGGCGGAGACGGAGGUGCUGAUCGAGCAGGUGCUGAAGCACGAGCAGCUGCUGUUCGCGGCGGGGCCGGGCCGCGCCUCUCCGGGCCAGAAGCGGAAGGUGUGGGAGCUGAUCCGGCACAAGGUGAACCCGGUGGCCGCCUGCCCCCGCGACGUGGAGGACCUGAAGAAGCGCUGGCGGGACCUGAAGCGCCGCGACCGCAGCAAGCUCUGCCGCCUCUCGCAGGGCUGCGGGCCGCCGGGCCCCGCCGCCUCCCUCGGCCUCCUCCUGGCCCCCGAGGAGAUGCCGCCCGCCGCCGCCGCGCCGCCCGGCCGCCGCCACCUCCACCACCACCACGCCUACGGCUCCCUGCUGCCCGCCGAGGCCGUGCCCAUCGUGGGCGGCAUCGACACGCUGGAGCUGCCCGGCGCCGUCGUGGGGGAGAUGGGGUUUAAUGACAAUCCUGGCCCAUCUCAUCAAGCCAGCCUUGCGAAGAUGAACCUUAAAGAAGAAAUAGUAGUGAAGGUGGUAGAGCCAGAAGAAAGCUCUGAGGACAUGGCGGUGGUGCCACCUAGUCAAGAACAGCUACCUUUUCUGGGGACAUCAGGCGGUGGUUCCUCUGGGAAAGUAAAAGCCAAAACAAAAGGCAGGUCUCAGGCGGAUCAAAAUGAAAUAACUGAAGAGGACCUAGUGCACAUCCAGCAGACCCAGAUGCAGGUGAUCCAGUCUGGCUUUGACAGCGUCAACCACAAUCUUCGACUGCUGCAGCAAGGCAUGCAAGAUCUGAGUAACAGCCUCAGCAUCAUGGCACAUGCGCUUGUUGCUAUCAAAAACGUCUAUGUGAAAAACAACACUGGCCCAGCCACGUAUGCCACCGCCUCUACUCAGACCACAGCUGGGUACCUGAGCCCGGGCUCCCCCCAGGUCUCCCCCACCGAGGACAGAGGUAGAGCGCAGGUGGCUGGAAGCAGCAGCAGAAGCAGCAGUUGCAGCUCCAGCUCCAUGUCGCAAGAACCAGGUCCUUCCGAGUUUCCUCGGCCCCCCCUGAGAACCAUUAAGAAAGAACAUCCAAAUGGCUGCUACUACUUCUGCUUUGCAGAUGUGUAAAAACUUGAAUAUAUGUAAAGUGACUGUGGUGUUAGGUGCUGUUUUAUGUUCUGCUCCGGCUUGGGACUUGGAAGGAGCAAAGUGGACUUGCCUCCCACGUUUUUCCCAGUGGGAAACAUUUCACUAUAGGUGGCAUUAAACACUAAUUACCGGUCUCCUGUUUGUUAGCUCUGUUGCAGUUGGCUAAUAAUUUUCUUCUGUUCUCUUUAUCCUCUUACUCUCUUAAAAAAAAAAACAACCAAACAAAACAUCAGAUUUAUUUUGAUUAAGACUCUUGACUGUAUCAUCCUUUGUUUAAUGUGACCUUUUGAAAAAUAAAAGGCAUGAGAGUGGGAUAAAAGUAACAUUAUGGUGACCGAGCAACAGGAGCUGUCUUACACAAGGUGUUUAGUUUUUUGAUUAAAGAAACAUCAGAAGUAGCUGGAUUUUUAAGUACUUGCUUUUUUUCUAAUGAUUAUAAUGUCGGGGGUGUUUGCUUUGAUGGUGGUGGUUGUUUUGGUUUGGUUUUUUUUUUUAAGUCUGAGCUGCGCGAGGCAUUACAGGAGGGGUUUACAUACCUGCUUAAUUCUAGGAAUGGUUUAGGACUGAGCUGUUGAUUCAUUAAAGUACUCCUCAGCAUUCAUA